AUGCAAGAAAAAGGUAAAAACAGAAGCAUUAUAAUAUGUGCAAGAUCUAUCUAUCUAUCUAUCUAUCUAUCUAUUUAUCUAUCUAUCUAUAUAUCUAUCUAUCUGUGGCUCACUCGUAAUUUCCUAUGUAUGUGUCUACGUGCGUACGCUACAUGCCGCGCACCCGUCGAAAUGAGCAGGAAGCACGUUCGAAUACAUCUACAGGUUAACAUCACUCGUACAUCGAACCCGGGCGCACAUGUACGUCAGUGCCUCAACCACCGCCACCGUGUAAAAGAGGCUGCCACGGCCGACGUCUCCGCCGCCUGCGCCAACAUCGUUGAUGCCAAGCAGUUUAUCGAGUCAGCAAUAUUCGAUGGCGCCCGAUAUUUGCAACAAAAGCCGAGGACGAAGAUGAAAGUGGAAAAGAAGGAGAAAAUAAGAGAAUUGGAAUUGCCACCAUCGCCUCUGGUUUUGUUGGCCGUCACUGUUUCUACCGAUGCUCUUUUUUUUUUAACAAGAUCACUUUCUUUACUUUUACCAUUUAUUAUUAUUAUUAUUAUUAUUAUUAUUAUUAUUAUUAUUACAUUUUUAACUAUUCUUUCGUUCGUGUUUUCUUCCUUUUCUUCCUUCUUUCAUUGUCUCUAUCUCUCUUUCUAUUUUUCUUUCUUUCUUUGUACAUGUUUGUUUAAUCUAUCUAUCUAUCUAUCUAUCUAUCUAUCUAUCUAUCUAUCUAUCUAUCUAUCUAUCAGUUGCUUUCUUUUUUAUACAUGUUUGUAUACUCAUCUCUCUCUCUCUCUCUCUCUCUCUAUGACAGUUCUUUUUUUUUUCUUUUUCCAGAUUUUUCUAUCUCUUUUCGUCUUUAAUCUCUCUUCAUGGCAUAUACCGAGUAAAGAUAUGUUUAUUUAUUUAAUUAUUUCUAUCUAUCUAUCUAUCUAUCUAUCUAUCUAUCUAUCUAUCUAUCUAUCUAUCUAUCUAUCUAUCUAUCUAUCUAUUCAAAACCUGACCCUAUCUAUCUAUCUAUCUAUCUAUCUAUCUAUCUAUCUAUCUAUCUAUCUAUCUAUUCAAAACCUGACCCUAUCUAUCUAUCUAUCUAUCUAUCUAUCUAUCUAUCUAUCUAUCUAUUCAAAACCUGACCCUAUCUAUCUAUCUAUCUAUCUAUCUAUCUAUCUAUCUAUCUAUCUAUCUAUCUAUCUAUCUAUCCCAGCAUAUCCUUCCGAUUUACUUUUCUCUCUCUCUCUCUUUCUUUCUUUCUUUCUUUCUUCCUUCCUUUCUUUAUUUCUUUCCUUCUUUCUUUCUUUUUUUCUUUCUUUCUCUCAUAGCAUCUACCCUUGCUACUACUUCUCUCUCUCUCUCUCUCUCUCUCUCUCUCUCUCUCUCUCUCUCUCUCUUUCACGCUACGUAGCGAUGUUUUGCCUAUCUACCUAUAUUAAAAUUAUACCUACGGCCAUUAUCUAUCUAUCUAUCUAUCUAUCUAUCUAUCUAUCUAUCUCAUUCUCUUUCUUUCUAUCUAUCCAUCUAAUUUGUUUCUCUCUUUCUCUCCCUCUCUCUGCCUCUUUUUGUCUCUGUCUACAUUUGCCUCUGUGUUUCUCUGUGUCUUUCGCUGUCUCUCUCUUACUCUGUUUCUUCUUCUCUCUGUUUCGCUCUUUCUCUCUGUCUAUUUCUCUCUCUCCCUCUCUCUCUCCCCCUCUUGGUGUUGUCGUCGCUACCAGCGCCAUCGUCGUCACAAACUUAACCAUUAUUAUUAUUGUUGCCUUUUACUCAUUGGGUUAUCGCAGAACAGGUAAGUGCAAGUUUUAA